ACUGAUUUGUUUUUUUUUCCCUUUUCUUUUAAAGACUUUCAGCUGAACUCUCAUCUCUCAACACUGGCAAACAUUCAUAAGAUCUACCAUACCCUUAACAAGCUAAAUCUGACAGAAGACGUUGGCCAAGACGAUCACCAAACAGGAAGCCUGCGGUCUUGCAGUUCUUCAGACUGCUUUAGUAAAGUGAUGCCACCAAGGAAAAAGAGAAGACCUGCCUCUGGAGAUGACUUAUCUGCCAAGAAAAGCAGGCAUGACAGCAUGUAUAGGAAAUAUGAGUCAACUAGAAUAAAGACUGAAGAAGAAGCCUUCUCCAGUAAGCGGUGCCUGGAGUGGUUUUAUGAAUAUGCAGGAACUGACGAUGUGGUGGGUCCUGAAGGCAUGGAGAAAUUCUGUGAAGACAUUGGUGUUGAACCAGAAAAUGUAGUCAUGCUUGUCCUCGCUUGGAAAUUGGAUGCGCAAAACAUGGGCUAUUUUACUCUGCAGGAAUGGCUGAAAGGAAUGACUGCUCUACAAUGUGACACAACAGAAAAACUCAGAGCUACUUUGGAUUACUUAAGAUCAUUAUUAAACGAUACAACAAACUUUAAGCUCAUUUACAGAUACGCGUUUGACUUUGCACGGGAAAAGGACCAGCGCAGCCUAGACAUAAACACUGCCAAGUGCAUGUUGGGACUGUUAUUAGGAAAAAUCUGGCCCCUUUUUCCAGUUUUUCACCAAUUCUUAGAGCAAUCAAAAUAUAAAGUGAUAAACAAAGACCAGUGGUGCAAUGUGCUAGAGUUCAGCAGGACAAUUAGUCUGGACCUCAGCAACUAUGAUGAAGAUGGAGCGUGGCCAGUUUUGUUGGAUGAAUUUGUGGAAUGGUAUAAAGACAAACAGAUGUCCUAGGACUUUAUGCAUAGCAGCGAGAGAGAGUCACUGUUACCACGGUUACGUCACCCAUUAGCCAUAAACUGCUGUUUGUAUCGAAGCGCAUGCUGCUUUUCUUGCACUGUCUCCCUCCUGCAGGGGUGUUUUGGUGUUUGCUAUUGAAUGGGCCGCUCUGCUUGCUGUGUAGCAUUGUUCUCUUGGAGGCUGCUCGGCAGCCUGUUUUCACACUACAGAUUGGUGAAUUGGCCAAUGUCCUCACUGUGAUUAUGUGUACAUUGCUGUUUCAAUUUUGUAUAUGUGUAUAAAAUGAAAAGCUUCACCUAGAGAUUAUUUCUGCAAAAUGUAUUGUAAAAAUAAUUUUGUGGCAUAUUUCUAGUCCCCCCCUUUUUUUUUUCAAAUGAACCAAUUAUACUUUAUUUGGUCUCAAAUGUAGCAUUUCAGAAAACGUUAUAACUGUCCCCAUGAGCAAAUAUUGCCAGAAUUAACCUCAUUGCCUAAGAGGCCAACUUCUGGAAGAAGUAGGAGUCAUGACUUACAGUGGCAUAUGCCAAAUGUGACUUGGUAUUUUAAAGUGAUAAAAACUUACAACUAUUUGAGCACACAGACAUAUAACAUGCUACAAAGCAUCUCUAACACAAAGGUAUGUAUAGGUUUAUGGGUUUAUUAUCAUUAUUAUUAUUUUCUUUUUUUAAUGUCAAUAUUGUUGGUAGCUUGAUCAUAGGUACAAGUGAACAACUUAAAAUUGCUCUUUAUUUUAAAUUGAAGCUUAAGUUUCCAUAAACCUUUUUGCUGUUUCCCCCUUUGUGUUCCUCUAGCAGUGUUUGGUCUGUGGAAGCUCUCUGUGCCACUGUGAGUAAAAUGUCCUUUGCCACCCCCAUGAGCCUACUGGUUUGCUGGCGGUUUAUAACUGCAAAGCACUUUUAGUUGUGUCUUGAGUUUUCAGUUACUCUUUCAUGGUGUCUGGAAUCUCCCAGGAUUGGUUUUUCUUUCUUUCUUCUUUCUUUCUCUUUCUUUCUUUCUGACCACAAGUGAGAGAGAUUUUGUUUUCUGUCUUUGUUUCUUCUGUGCUAGGCAUUUCCUGGCAACAUGUCCAUUGCAGGCAGUGGACUCAAAACCACCAGCAUUGAGCUAACCCUGUUCACAUUGGGACCUUUCCCAGAGGGGCCACUUGUCAUUCCCUGAGUCACGUGUUUAGAAGGGUGAUAGCCAUUAUAUGGAUAAGAAAACCAGAGCCAACACAAUGGUGUUUCUAGGUUUGUAUUUUAUGUCUUAUUUUAAAUUUUUAUUUGUUUGCCUUGCCCCUCUUGAGGAAGUGUAUAGUUAACAGGUUUUUCCCAGUUAUUUGGUGCUAUGACUCACUCAGUCCCUGAAGUUUGUGAAAACUUACCUGAAGAUGUAACCCAGUGAAGAGCUAAAGGCUUGUUUACCUGGUGAAUGCUAUAGGGGGGUAAGAUCCGUGCCUGCCCAGGCAGGUAAUGACUGGAAGAUGUUGGGAUUAUUGGCCAAAAAGAAAGUCUUCUACAUUAAAUGUGAACCUUAAAUGGCAUUAAAUGAGCGAAGCACACAGACAAUGCUACCCUUGUUCACCAUUUUACAGUUUCUUUUCAAAGUGUUGCGAUUUUCAUAUUAUUUCUUUCCCUGAUUGAACCACCAAAGACAGAAGUGUUGUAUGUAUAUAUUGUGUGCGUGCAUAUACAAAAUCAUGGUGUGGUAGAAUGCAACUACUUGCCUUUUUCUACCAAAUAAUGAGGUUGGUUUGCUGUGAAAUAAACCAGAAGUUUAAAAAAACAACAGCUCAAUGUUGCUUUAGCAUACUUAAAUCAUCAUCCUUGUGUGUAGUCUCACAAAUUAAUAUCCAAACACAAUGUAAACUUCCUGGGAAAGCACAGCUGUUGAGACUGCUAUGUGACGGGGGUUCCGGCACGUACAGGUGUGUGACAGUGGGGACUGGCAGGCAGGUGCGGGCGGCUCUGUGGAAGACAGUCUCUUUUCAGGUGUACCCACGGUUAAAGAAUCACCCUUGAGUUGGAUCAACUGUUGAUUGCCUCAAUGCAAAGAUGGAUCAUAAACGGGAUUAUUUUAAACGUUGUGUGAGAAUCUGUAGAAUGUUUUGAACACUAAGCACAGCGAAUCUGGGAAUCAAGGGUCGUCACCAGGGUGAGAAAUUAGAUUUCAUUCACCUAGAACAUUAUGAUGAUAGAGACUCAAGUAACAACCUUUGUGAUGUAUGGAAGUCAGCAUUCUGGAGUGGAGAAUCAUAGAACUACAAAUAAUCUCUCAACUGCCUCGAGAACUACACCGCUGUGACUGCUGCUUGCCCUUGGUUUUCUCCAUUUUGGCCGAGCAAUUUUUAAGGAGAGUCAGACCAAGUCAUAAGACAUCUUUUCUUGGAGAAUUGCCAAGUUAUGCAAGCUGAGCGAUCACCAAGAGCACUUAGCGGCCAGCGUUGGAAGAAGUCUGGGGACCUUCUGGUCUCCAGUACCUGAGCUCCAUCCGCCUUUCCUCUCUUCCCUUGUGUCCUAGUGCAUUGCAGUGCCCUCUAGCUAGGGAACACAACUUAUAGAUGUUUACGCAGCACUAGCUAGAAGCCACCCGGCUAGAUUUCCCAGGUACCCAUGGUAGCCUUAGGCGCGCCUCUUUUGAAGCAUGAACUCUUGAGUUCAGUAUUUAUAAGUCUAAGUAGACAAACCUCUAGAUUCUGGUUUAACAGAUUUCUGUUGCCUCUGAGUCUCUAUCCUAACCAUACUUUUGAAGUCUAUACAGAAAGCUUUAAGAGUUUAGUUUGUGCCCUUGGUUUUUAUUUUUACAACUGCUAAAAUACCUCUGUAAGCCUUAUCCUUUAUCCUUUCAUAUGUUGUAUAAAAUUGUAUAGAAUUCAUUGACCAACUGAUGCGUUGGGUAUCUGUAAAUGAGACCAAAAUGUGGGUUGCUUUUUUUUCAUACAAUAAUUUCUCUCAGGCGUUGCUGUGAAAUGAACAGUAGCCAGCCUAUAACUGUGAAUGCCUUGUGUCGUCAGUAUUUGCAUUACAUUCAUAAAAGUGUGCAAGUCCUGUGACUCCCAGCUUAACUAAAAUACUGUUAUGCCACCCAACUUGAGCACAGCAAACUGGUUUAGGUUAUAAUGGAAUUGGUGUAAAAUGAUAUCCCAUAAAUAAACAAAUAUUUGUGUUUGGUUUCAGAA